ACUGCGAGCCGGAGGAAGUGUCUGACUGGUCCUUCGACGACAACUGUCUCUUCUGCUGCUUAAGACGUGAGAAAAUCAAGGACCACGCUGCAGAGGACGGCGGAGGCAGCCAGUCGCUGUCUGAAGACUUCAAGCGGGAGCAGUCUCGGACCAGCCGGCUGGAGAGACAGGCCCAAGACUUCCUCAAUGCUGUGUUCCACAGAAAAGACCUCCCAAGUUUCUCAGACCCGCACAUUCCUCUAGUGGCUCGUGAGAUCAUGCAGCGAAUGAUCCGCCAGUUCGCUGCCGAAUAUACCUCAAAAACUACUCAGGACGACCUGCCCCUGCCCAACGGCACCAUGAAGGACCAAAGCCUACCGAUAGCGGCGUCUCUGGCCCUGGGCUCCUGCUCCCCGCCCGGGCCCCUGCCGGCACCGAGCUCCCCUCCAUCGCCUGCCUCCUCCUCCCCAUCUCCGACCCCAGGGCCAGGCCUCAGCCCCGCCUCCGCUAGCGCCGCCGCCGCCGCUGCUGCCGCCUCAGCAGCUACCUGCACCCAGAGCAGCAACGGCACGGGAGCCAGUAACGGCGGAGGAGGAGGAGGAGGUACGGCUGCUGCCUCUGCACAGAAUCCCGUCCUCAGCAAGCUUCUCAUGGCCGACCAGGACGGCCCGCUGGACCUCACCGUGAAGAAGAACCAGGUCGACUCCGAGCCCAGCCAGCAGGACGGCGUCCUGGACCUCUCCACCAAGAAGAACAACGGCGCAGACGGCCACAAAACCUCGUCCGGCUUCCCGCCUGCGUCUGGGGUCAAAGGACGUUCCCUCAAAGUGGAACAUCCGCUGCCCGAGGUGGACGAGGACGAUGGCCUUCUGCAGAAAAGCUUGCAGGACGGAGUGAGGGAGAACUCCAGCUCCUUCAAGCCGCCACUGGCCCGCUCACUGCGCAUCAAGGAAGAGCUCCUCAGCCAAAAGCACCGCCUGCUGAGCCAGCCUGCUGCUCUCUCAUUGGCUAAUCUAGAGGCAGCCGGCUUGCUCAGUCACGGGCAGUCCCACUCCUUGCUGGGCCAGAAGGGCUCCUCCUCCUUCUGGGGAAGCAAGGCCCAUCUCGAGAGCCUGAUGAAGCUGAAACAGGCCAGUGGAGCUCUGAGCGGGGCCCUCAGCGACCUCAAAGACCUGCCUACAUUCCUGGAGAAUCACCACCACAACCACCAUGGAGCCUUCUCCAUCAAGAGUUCACUCCUCCAUCACCACCACAAUCAGGUCUCCAAGGCCCAACACCACCACCAAAACGAGGGCAAGAGAGACCAGGGCCACUCGCCUCCUGUCGACCUUAAGAUCCCCCAGGUUCGGGGCAUGGAUCUCUCCUGGGACUCCCAUGCCUCCGAUCUGUACGGCUACAGCAGCAUGGGGGGUGGUGGCCUUGGAGACAAUACUCUGAGCCGGAAGUUGAGAGCCAUCCUGCCCAAGCAGAACCGCCGGGGGUCGAGCCUCGGAAGCCUGCUGGAUGGGGCGGCUGACUACUGGAGCUCUGACUUGGAGCACUCCAUCUCCGGACCGGCGUACUCCACCUCCGACGUGGAAGGGGACCCGAACUCCAAGCAGCCACGGAAGAAGAGGGGCCGUUAUCGCCAGUACAACAGCGAGAUCCUGGAGGAGGCCAUCACGGUAGUGAUGAAUGGGAAGAUGAGCGUGUCCAAGGCUCAGAACAUGUACGGCAUCCCGCACAGCACCCUAGAGUACAAGGUCAAAGAGCGCUUGGGAACCCUGAAGAACCCCCCAAAGAAGAAGCUCAAGCUCAUGAUGAAGAUGGAAGCGGGAGGCCAGGAUUUUCCCGCCGAGUCGGAGAACACGCCAACCUCAACCCCGCGAGACGACGGGCCGCCUCUGGCAGCCGCGGAGCUCAAGGACAAUGUCAAAGAAGAGAUUGAUGACAAUUUCAAACCAAUCGACUAAACGACUUACACAUGUAAACCUCAGUCAAAUGACUUAAGUAAUUUGAAAACGGAUGGGGCUUUAUUUGUGCCAAUUUACUUUGCAGUAUCUGGGUGAGCACAAACGCAGGGAUAAUAUGAGGAGGAUUCUUAAAAACACACUGGAGAGAAACAACUAAUCGGAUGGUAUUUAACUAGCGUCCCUAAAGCGACGCUGUGCAGGCAUUUGUUUAGCUUUCAUAUCCAGGGGCUGAACAAAUGCAGCUAAAGACAUUGGUUAAAUGACAAUUAAUGAAAUUUCCUAAGCAUGCUGAUAAUCCCGAGCCCAAAAACUCCCAAUCGCCCUUUUUCUGAACUUGAUACACUGAACCACUGCUGCUUAUAAACGCAGUUUGGGCUUUGGACUAUUCCAAUUUGGGGAGAAACGAGGGGGAAGUUUGAAAAUUAACUCACAAAUCUUGUCCCUUAACCACUCCCCUCUCUCAUGGAUAGCCGACAAUUGGUAAGUGAACUGUCUAUUACAUUCGAAGCCAACUGUAAAGUUUAAUCCUACCACUGAUACUCCUCACUGGGGUUCUGAAUCAAAGCCCAUUCUCUUAUUGCCAGGUAGCCAUGACGCUUUAACUGCAAACCCUUUUCUUUCCUCCUGAAGAUAUUCUGCUAAUCUCUGUGCGAAUGAAAGCAACAUUAACCCGUCCUUUUUGAAAAACGAGAAAAAGACACACAAAAGUCAUUCAGGGAUGCAUGUCUGUGAGUAACGUGGACACUACUGACUUCUAUAACUGACUUCUUUUCCUCUAUCUUUUCGUUUGAUUUGUUUUUUGCUUUCUUUUGCACUACACUUUGGGUCUGGCGCUUACAGACCAGGUUACCUCGGCAUUGUUGCCCUCGCAUCAUGCACUUAUUAUGGUCUGUCUCUGAAGCCCAGUCGCAACCUCUCAAUGGGUCAGAGGUGCACGUCGCCUGCGUACGCUGAUCCAUCAUCAGAUUCAGGAGGCGGUUUAACCCUCUUUUUUGCCAGCGGACAAGCGGAGGGCUAAUCUGAUCAUGGAUCAGCUGGUUUUUUAAGGCGGAAUGCUACCUCAUGGACCUCCGUCAGUGUCUCACUGCUGAUCCUGGAAUGCCGGAGAUGCCUUCAGGUUUCCUUCCAAACGGUAACCGAAGUGAGCUCAUCCCCGCCGCGGCGAUCUUUACCUGCUGAAGGCCUUUUAGGAUCAGAAUGUGAAACUGCUGCUAUACAGUCGAUUACCUAGCUCCUACACGAGGCCUAAGCUAAUGAGUUCUAGCUCGUCUUCGCUAACAACGAUACAUUUCUCAUGGUUUUGUCUUUUUUCCUUUUCUAAUCAAACUAAGCAGAAGCAGCUUAGCUGAUGAUCUCCUCCCUCAAACGUCAAAGACAGUUUUAGAGGCCGUUUACUACAACAAUGUGCAUUUAUAGAGGGGUGUUGAUUUUGGGUGGCGGGUGGGCAAUAUGCAGUGGGGAGGUGUAGAUGAUAGAGGUGAGGGGAAGGCAGAUUUUAAUAUAUUAUAAGUUAUUACUACUGAUUAUGUAAAAGCCGAUCCGGGAUUUCUUUCUCCUCAUUUUUUAACUCAGGGUAACUGAGACAGAUGAUGUGGGUUUCAAACAUGGUCAUUUCCUCUUGGACCUGUAGUAGACGGACAGGAGGACAACACACGCCUCUCGCUGAUGCUAACGAAUCCCGACACGCUACAGGAUACACUGACGAUGGGUUUAGGCGCUUAACUUCUAAAAUAGCACUUUUCAAAAGUCAGAAAGACGAGAGAUGUUUGUGGUUGUGCAUGUAGUUCUCUCCUCUGAGGGAUAUGGAGGCAGCGAGAUGGAAAAUAAGCUUUAGCGUGUGAAGACUGUCAGAAGCUGCAGCUUGGACCCAAACGACUCUUUCUUUUCCUCUCAAUUACCUCCACGAAGUCAAGAAAAGAAAGAAAAGUUUUUUUAAAAAAAGGUCAACAGCUUGAACAAGUUCAGUUUUGUGUCGUCUUUGUCGCUCCCCCCCCACCCCGCCCCCCGCCCGUCACUGCUGAAGCACCAGGGACUGAAAAAACCAUCGUCAGGAUUUACCAGGCGGGGGAAAGAAUAUCCCUCAGAGGACACAGGUGGAAACACAAAAAGCUCUCCUGAUGUUCUCCACCAGGAAAACACUGACGCGGAUGAAAAAUGCUUUUGGUUGUUAUGUUUAGUUUUGCUUUGUGGUAAAUGUUGCUCCUCGCUCCGAACACUGCCUGGUGCUCACCCAGUGUGUGAGAUUUAACAUGAGAAUUGUACCUCUGCUCAGAUGAUGAUGAUGAUGAUGAUGAUUCACUCCGUUUGAAAUGUAUUGUAUAUUUAAUUUAUUUGAUUUUUCUUUUAUUAUUCUCUUGAAAAUGGCAUGCACCACUUCCCUGGCUGAUUCUGGGAUCAGGCCAAUUAUUGAUUAUUUAUGUUGAGAGGAUUUCAACUCAAUUAAUCCUGAGCCAGAGAUGCUAAAAUCAUCGAGAAUUCGACUCUUUUACUACCUGUUGCUUACAAUCUUCAUUUUCCCUCUCAAGUUUUCCAUUUAAGCUUCGUAGCUGCCUCGGCCUAAUUGGCACGUCUGCAUGGCCAAUGGGAAAAGCUUUAGCAAGGACCCCUGGACCUACAAAUCGCCGGGCGGUCGUCAUGCAUGAAAUGCGUCCAACACUGACAAUGCCGAGCAUUUGAAGUGUCUAAAGGUUGUUGUGUGCGUUGAGUCGGACCCAGCGGAGGACAAUGCACUGAUGUGAGAGUUAAAACAGGAUCUCGGCCCCAGUGUUGAUGCACUUCUCAUGAACACGCCUCUUAUGAAAAGGCAUGAAGCUGCUCACUCAGCCGGCCGUGAACAGCAGCUUGACAAAAACACAACUUAGCGUGAACCCCCCCCCCGCUCCAGAAAAACAGAGCAAACACACUGCGGUAAUCUGCCUGUUUGCCUGUUUCAUGUAAUGCAUGUAAAGCAUGGAUUUGUGCUGUUAGAAAAGAAAAUAUAUGUGUUUAGAAAUAGUGAAAUUGGCACUUAAUGCACAGGUUUGAAUGGAUGAACUCCAGCAGCACUUAGACUGAAUUCCCCUGAGAGGGGCGAUUCCUCGAGGGCCAAACGAUCCCUGUGGGUAAUCUACACAAAUCUCUAAAUCAUUCACCAAACUCCUUCUUUACCUUUACUGAGCAUUCGGCUAAAAAUUGUCUUUGCUUUUUAAAAAUGCUAGUGAUUUAAAUUGUUCUGAGGUCCCAUUGUCAGCCUGAUCUUAUCUACUGAGGUGCAUGCCAUUUGUGGUAUUUAUUUAAUUCCAUUGUUUGUUUUUUUUCUUGGGUUCUAUUGAUUGUUUAUGUGGUUAACAGCUCCCCCUGUCCAAAACGUCCUCCUCCUUGCAACUGAGUCUCACUGCAGAUUUUUUAAGAAACCCGAUACUUAUAUUAUAUACUUAAGAGAGCAGUAUAUAUCUAUUUAUAUACAUAUAUAUUGACAAAUACUCACAUAAUGAAUGUAGUGAACUUCAACCUUCAAAACCACCACAACAGUAAUCUGCAAAAACAGAAAAAACCCACAAGCGAUGGCACCGUCCAUUCAUUUUUUAACCGACUGUUGUUUUUAUCCUUUUCUUUUCACUUCACGCUGCCUGCAUCGGAAACGUCGUGGUUUUCUGACGCGGGCUCAACAGUAGCCUUCAGUACUGUAAAUGUCUCAGGAUCGAGCCAACGGGAUGGGCAGCAAUAUUCGUCAGUCGGAAAAUGGCGCAGACUUAACUACCUGUACUAGAUGUAAUUUAUAUACUCAUAAAUAUAUAUAUAAAUAUAUAUAUGUUAACUCAGCUUGGUCAGCAGAGACCAAGUGCUAUACCUCAUUCUCAGAAUAAUGACUCCUUUCCGUGCCUCGUACUUUUAUGUAUCCCUUACCUGGGAGCCUGGCGAAGGGAUAGCCGAUACUCUGGGAAAUAUAGUAUCCUCUGCUGUUUCUUUUAUUAUCUGUUUGUUUUUCUCUUCUUUGUGUCGCCUCCCUCUUGUGAAGGGAGGAGGGAGACGCUUCAAGUGUCUGACUGACCAAUAUUUGCCACCCUACCUCUUUUCAGGUAUUUUUUUUUUUUUGCAACAACAAAACCUUAUGGAAUUAUAUCAUGAGCUAAGUGAUUGACAAAAAAAACGAGAGCGAGACCCACGGGGAGUAAACAGCUGUGAGCGCCGGCCAUUUCUUCCUCUAACAGUCCAAACAUUUUGGGGAUUCAGUCGUCUGGUUUCACCCUGGAGGCGAAAAGUCCGGUCGGCCCCGCCCUGCUCUGAGAACGAACUCGGCUUUUUGUUCUUUUUUACUUUAUUGUGUGUUUUUAGAUGUAACACGACUCCAGGUUGAAACUUGACAGGGGGAUUUUUUAAAUUUUUUUUUAUUUCUCACACCGAAAGAAAUCAGAGACCCAGAGGGGAGAUGGGGGGGGGGGGACAGGUGGACGAGUUAACCUUCCUUUAUCUGCUUUUUACACUGCAUUCCAAAAACACCCACCCCACACACAGGAAAUGUACCUUAAUAUGAUGAAAAUCAAAAAUUCUAUACAGUAAACCUAUGAAUAUAUGUAUUUAUUUGACUGUUUUUGCAUCUUCAGGUAAACCAAUCGGUUUCUCUUCUGCUUUUCAGGUUGGGUUUUGUUUGAUUUAGAUUUUUAUUCUUUUGAGUGAAAGACAAAGUCAAAAACAAAGAUGAAAAAAAUGUCGAACAGCAACUACUGUAACCUCACCUCGUAGACGCCACAUGAUGCGCCAUUUUGUUUCAGGAUGGUGCGUGAUGCUGUGUGCUGCCAGGAAAGAAAGAACCAUAAUGUAUAUGAUUGCCAUGCUCCUCUCUGCGAAGAGGAUUCUUCUGUUUCUUCUCUCUGUCACGCUGCAUAUCUGGUUGUCAUUAGUACCUCAGGUCUGACCACUUCAAAGCAGCUGAUUGUAUAUUAGAAAUACACACACACACACACAGAGAGACACACACAGACACACAAAGAAGAUUCAGGAUUUUUAGUACGGCUUGUUUCCAGAUUUUUAGAUGUAACCAACGGAAGCAGUUUUUGAAUAAUUGUUGUUCUUUGUUGUCGUAAUGUUGUUCUUCUGAUUACGUCUUCUCUUUUUCCUUUCUUUGUUUUCCUAUAAAAAAAGAAAAGACAAAUUCUCUAACAGCCAGAAGCCAGGUCUCUGAAUACAAUGCUGUAUUCUCUCUAGCACACACCGCCGUGGAAGAGCAGAACGCACACACACACACAUAGAGACAUGACGCACCUACAGCAACUCUGCCUCCUCAUCAGGUAGCCACACUUUGUGUGGGCAGGUUAUAUGUAUAAUUAUGAAGCUGGAGUCUGCCGUGUCUCUUUUAGAAGCAGGUGGGUGUGUUUGGUCCACGGCAGAACAUCAGGCCUGCUGGCUGAGUUUGAUCUGACACACUGGGACACUGCUGGCGCUGCCUCUGUGAGAAUCACUUUGUUUUGUUUCUCGCUUGAAAUCGACCGACCUAUGUUUCUGUGCAAAAGGAAGAAAAAAAUCCUCCCCAUCAUUUGUUUUCCGUCCACGUGACGAUCGGUUUGUGAUGUUCGGUGCAUUCCUGCUCUUAUUUUGUUGUGAUUUCAUUUUCUCUCUUCAGUAUCUUUCCCUCAAACCGCCUGGUCUUUUUCUGCCGCUGUCAGAGAUUGUCAACAACUCGCAGAUUGUGGACUCAUUGUACUCUGCUGUGUUAACUGUGGGUGGAUGUGCACAUAACUACAACUGCUGCGAGGCUCAGGCUGCUCUCGGUUAUUGAUGUGGACGUUUAUAAGAACGUUUUGCUCCCACUUUUGUGUCUUUGAGUUGAGGCUGUGCGAUACGUUUUAUCUUGUGAUGAUAGAAAGACGUCGUUCGUUUCUUUCAAACUUGCAUAGACUGUCCCCAAACAACACAGCUGAGGAACAACAAGUGUUGUUUUCUGGAUGUGAAAUUAUCUGAAUCGUGAGAUUUUGUGGUAUCGCACAGCCCUGCUUGUAGCUGCAUUGCAUGCUGGUCCAUCAGGGCUUUAACGACUGGACUCUCUACCUCGACACAUGACGCGUGGGACAGGAAUGCAAAGAACAUCACCAGUGCUUGAUAUCAUUGUUUAUAUUCACAGAUUUAUCUUAGUCUCGGACUGAAGCUGCUUUUCAGUGGAUAGUUGAGGAUGUGAGAAACCGCCUGCUGUGUUUUAGAUUUUCCUUGACGCAUCCGAGAGGACUGUCACUUUCUUGCAACAAGCUCUAUUUUAUAUCGAGUGUGGUUUUAAAAUAAAAAUAGUAAUCACGACGUUUACUGACAGAUGUAAGCUUCUCCAAACAAUCGUUUUCUCCCCGCAGACAUUUGUCAAAGUGGCGCGAACAGAUCUGUCGAAAUGUGCAUCUCCUCUGUCGUGGAGCCGCGAUGCCAAGUGUUGUAAAUGUCAAAGAAUUUGUGAAAACGUGACAAGCCGUCGCUCGGCUUUGAAAGCGGAGCUGAGUACAGAUCUUAAAGGCCAGACACGCCUCUGGAGCGACGCUGCUCCGCAGAAACAACACAACCGACGCCUCCACUCACUGUCGCUGCGAUGCUACAACUCAGACACAGGAAAACCUCAGAGCUGAAAACGUAGAUCAGGAUUUAACUGCACCUUUAAUACAGAAUUUACUCAACAACAUGUUUACAGAAACAUUUAGAAUAUUUUGUUUUCAACCUGCACUCUGUAAUUAUCACUGCAGCCCGGUUUCCCUCCCUGACAUUAUUCAAAGCUAUCGCUGUGUUUGUAUUCACUCACAUUCAGCGUCAUGGUGCUGCCAAGAAUAGGUGAUUAUAUAUUUGUUGUUCUUCAAUCAGCGGAAGCGAGAGUGCCUUUUUGAAAACUCUAAUCAAAAUCUCAAAUCUAAUCUUUAAGGGGUUGGUUUCUUAAUCACAUAUAAUCUAACCCCUCGGGUGAAAUCACAGAGAAAAGGCCUGUGUGCAGAGCCGCUGGCUGUUCUCGCCCCCGACGAGUCCGCGGUGCCGGCGUACGUCUCUCCC